ACUCUUUACUUAACAGUUAUCACAUAGACAUAAUGGCCGUUAUCAACCAACCAAACAGCCAAAUCAGAUUGACAAAUGUCUCGCUAGUCCGCAUGAAAAAGGGCAAAAAGAGAUUUGAAAUUGCCUGCUAUCAAAACAAAGUGCAAGAUUGGAGACUGAAAGUCGAAAAAGAUCUUGAUGAAGUGCUUCAAAUCCCACAAGUGUUCAUGAACGUAUCCAAGGGACAAGUUGCCAACAAUGACGAUUUACAGAAGGCGUUCGGGACGACAAACCAAGACGAAAUAAUUUUAGAGAUUUUGAACAAAGGUGAGAUCCAAUUGAAUGAAAAGGAACGUAAUGCUAAUUUACAACAGAAACAGAACGAGUUCUUGAACAUCAUCAGUACAAAAUGCAUAAACCCAAGAUCAAAAAAGAGAUAUCCUCCUUCAAUGAUUGAGAAGGCGUUGAAUGAGGUCAAGUUCCAUUUGAACCCCACCAAGCAGACAAAGAUCCAGGCAUUGGAUGCGAUCAAGAUGUUGGUUGAAAAACAGAUUAUUCCUAUUGCCAGAGCCCAGAUGAAGAUCAGGAUCAUCUUGACCAAGAAGGCAUACCAAAAGGUGUUUACUUCUGAUAUAAAACCAAAUAUUGAUCAAGUAGAUGAGGAAGAGUUCACUGGGAAGCAGUACGAGAUUGUCGGUAUAAUAGAUCCAAUCAACUAUAGAGUGUUAGUAAGCAUAAUUGAAGGUGACCAAGCCAAGAUCGGUAAGGGAGAAGGGACAAUUGAAGUGUUGGACAUGUCUGCCGUUAAAGAGUAGAUCGAUGAGUUGUGCGUAAAUAGCAGAAUUUCCGCGUAAAUAACAUCCCUAAUAAAUUUCUACACCAUCA